ACCCAAACCCAUAUGUGCGCCGGCUGUGCUUUACUCCAUGGUGUGACGAGUGACCUAUCUUUCUUUCCAUCCGGCUAUCUGCUGUGCAUUUAAGUAGCAACGACCCCUUCUUCCCCAUCGCCUGCCUGCCUUUCACUCACCAGUCACCACCUCUUUCUUCCUCCGUGCCGCACCCCACUCUCUCAUCGCAUCGCAUCGCAUGCUCUCCCACGUCGACAUGGCGCCGGCCGGCGGCUUCAAGCUCUUCGGCAAGGUCAUCACGCAGUGCGCCGACGCUACGCAGCCCGCGCCCGGGCUCCUCUCGCAGAACGACGCCGAGCCCACGCGCCGGCCGCACAGCGAGCCGCUGGACCGGACGACGGCGAUCAAGCGGGAGGAGGCUGCGGCAGAAGCGGACGAGAAGCAGCAGCAUCAGGAGUCCGCGGAGGCCCCGCGGCGGACGCAGCUGCAGGAGUCGGCGGAGGCGCGCGCGGCCGCGGCGCCGCUGCCGUGCCCGCGCUGCCGGAGCCGGGAGACCAAGUUCUGCUACUUCAACAACUACAACGUCAACCAGCCGCGCCACUUCUGCAAGGCCUGCCACCGCUACUGGACCGCCGGCGGCGCGCUGCGCAACGUGCCCGUCGGCGCGGGGCGACGCAAGAACCGCCCGCUCGGGCCCAUCGCCACCGUCGCCGCCACCGGACACCACCACCACCAACACCUCCUGCACCACCACCGCUCGGCCGCCGGCGGCUUCGUCCUCGGUUUCCCUGGUGGCAGCCCGUCUUCCUCGCCCACCUCCCCGUCGCCGAUGUUCGCUGCCGACCGGUGGCAGGUCGGCCCUGUCGACCGUCGCUUCUGAUCCGGUCCGCCCGGCCAUUGACUCGCCUCCCGCGCGCCGAACCGGCCGGAAGACGAGGUUGCCUGGUUUGACUCGUGAGGCUUACGCAACACUGGGAAAAGCAGGAGGAGAAGAAUUCGAAUUCUUUUUCUUCUCGUCUGCUCUUUUGCUAGCUUCGCACUCCUUAUUAAUUCCUACCACUUCCUCCCUAGUUUGUUUUUUA